CCUUGUUGCUUCUUCUUUUUUAUCCUUCUUUGCACGACCCUCUUCCUGGCCCAACAUGCUUCCAUACGUUGUUCUUCUUUUAUUCGCAGCCCUCGUCAAUGCCUAUGCAGACCCGGGAGCUUGCUCAGGAUCCUGCUGGGCUCACGACCCCAACGUCAUCCGCCGUAAGACCGAUGGCAAGUUCUUUCGCUUUUCUACGGGGCUAGGGAUCUUGAUCUCGUCCGCAAGUGCCAUCACCGGGCCCUGGACUGACUUGGGCUAUGUGCUACCCAAUGGCUCAUCGGUGACGGUGGGGAAUGCCUCCAAUCUCUGGGCCCCGGACGUGCACUACGACAGUGGGAGGUACUAUCUGUACUAUGCCAGCUCCACGCUAGGUAGCCAAAGCUCGACGAUUGGAGUUGCAACCUCCACGACGCUUGAGGCCGGCUCCUGGACGGACCACGGCACCAUCGGGCUGACUUCAUCGUCGGCGAACUCGUACAAUGCCAUUGACGCCAACUGGAUCUCCAUCGGGGGCACUGGCUACCUCCAGUGGGGAUCGUACUGGCAUGGCCUUUACCAGGCACCAAUGACCAGCUCGCUGAAGAUCAGCAGCACCACCCCCACAAACCUGGCGUACAACGCCUCGGGCAACCAUGCCAUUGAGGCUGCGUACCUGUACGAGUACGCUGGCUACUACUACCUCACUUUCUCCUCUGGCCAGGCCCAGGGAUACAACAAUGGUCUGCCCGCGCAGGGUAUGGAGUACCGCGUCGUCGUCUGCCGUUCGAAGUCCGGUACUGGGAACUUCGUCGACAAGAAUGGAGUCGCAUGCACCAACAGCGGUGGAACCACCGUUCUCGCAAGUCAUAACUACGUCUACGGACCCGGCGGACAGGGCAUUGUCAACACCACCAACCACGGUAUCGUCCUCUACUACCACUACGCCAACCCCAACAUCGGCCUGGACACCUCGCAAUACCAAUUCGGUUGGAACACCCUGACGUGGGUAGACGGGUGGCCGACUGUUGCCGAUUCGUAAUCCGCAAUCUCAGUUCCGUUCCCACAUCCCGGGGGAAUGUGGAUUAGUGGCGACCGGUUAUCAACACCGUUCGUUCAUCCAUGAUCCAGAAUGAAUCAUGGAUGUCUCUGAUGGACCCUCCGAACAAGGCAGGUCGUCGUCAUGACGUUUUUUCUCGACGAAUAAUCAGGAAUCGAUCUCGAUCGCGACCACUACUGCUGAAUCCUGUG